GUGUGGGUUCGGCGUCUGUCAUGGAAGUCCAGGCUCUGGCGAGCCAGGGCCGAGAGGAUGAUGAGCUGCUGCUCAAACUCCGGGACAACCGCUGCCGCUUCCAGAAGCGCAUGCAGCAGCUGAUAGCGAAGUUUGAGCACCCCUUCGAGGACGACCCGCUGGUGCACAUGUCCACGCUGACCUACAUGUCGCCCGAGGGAUUGAGAGUAUGGGGAGGAAAACUAGUAAGAGAAACAAACGGAGGACAAAUCCAGGACACCCCCGAGAAGCAAGGCGAUGAGCUCCUACAUCCCUGUGCACAGGCCCAGGACACAGAUUCAGAGAGUAGUGACACCGACGCAGUUUCAGACCAGGGCUCCCCUUCUGCCUGCGCCCUGCCUGCAGUGCCUCAGAGCCCUGUGAAAGACGAGUUAAGAAGGAAGUACCUGACCCAGGUGGACAUCCUGCUGCAGGACGCGGGAUACUUUGAGGCUAUAGCGAAGGGAGUCAGGAAGGACACACCUGAGACCCUAGGCCCUUCCUCGGCCUUGCCUGUCUUGCCCCAGCCUGGAUCUUCUGGUGGGGACUCAGCAGAGCGCCUCAGGAGCCCCAGGCAGCCGGCUUCCUCUCCACCAGCCCGGGGUCCCUUGCACCCUUACCCAGAAGACAUGGCCAUAGUACCUAGAAGUGACAGUCUCUCGUUCCUGGAGACCAGCAACCAGUCCUUUGAGGCCACUGACAUCUGCAGCGUGACCAUCAGCGACCUGUACGAGGGCAUGCUGCACUCUAUGAGUCGGCUGCUCAGCACAAGGCCGUCCUCUACCAUCUCCACCAAAACGCUCAUCAUGCAGAGCUGGAGCUCGCGGAGGAGGCAUCCCCGGAGGGGCCGGGUGCAGACUAGUGAGGCGUGCUGCAAAGGGGCCAGGCACUCCCAGGGGUGCGCCAAGGCGAGGUCCCCACCCUGCCUAGAGCUCCAGAGAAAGAGGCGAACGCUGCGAGACUGCAAGAACUUGCUGCAGGUCACUCGCCACAAGACAGAUUUAAAGUUGAAAAGGACUUUUAAAGAGAACAGUCCCCAGCUCCCUCAGGUAGAGCCUAGUCCGAAGGAGCUUCAGGUGAGGACGCCCUGGACGCCGUCUUCAUUGUCUUCCUUGGACUUCAGCUCAAUGCAUCUUGAUUGGGAAAAUCGACUUACGGCCUUAGGAUGGUUAAUUUCACCUAGGAAAGUAGUUCCCCGGCCACACGCGCUGCAGGACCAUGCAGGGAAUCGAUACAGGGAGAUUGAAAGCAAGUUUGACAGGUUUUAUCUUGAAUGCUGCCUGAGUCCUAGAAGACAUCCUCAAGCCGCUGGACACUCAGACUCCCUGGCCUUAGACGUGUACAGAGGUGGUGGUGUGAGGCCAGGUGCUCCCUGGGGCUCAGGGGCCCACAGGCUGAGGUUUCCUUUCAACAGAGCAAAAGCUAAAAGCUUAAGUGAGAUUUUUGAGUACCUGGACAAAAGAUCAGCUGAAGUGAGCAGGUGUCCCCCAAGGAGGGAUUCAAAGUCCCAUCCCCCGCAGAGCCCAGGCAGCUCUAUGCAGACAUCUGACCUUUUUCAAGGACACAAUUCUGAAACCAUCAGAAAAGCAGUAUCACCCAGCCAUGCUAUUUCAGUACCAAGGACAGAAGCCCCCAGCUCACCUAAGAGUCGCUAUGAUGAAAUUAAAGAAAGAUUUGACCAACUUCAUCAGAAGUACAUCCCAGUGUCCCCUCAGCCAGCAAAGUUGCCUUCACUCGUCAGAGUGUGUGCAGAUAAGGCCAGGGCGGGAGUUCAGGGCCACACAGGAAACAGCAUCCGAAGAUCACACCUAGACCCCUGCCUCCAGGGGCUCUUGAGAAGUCCACAGGAUCCCACUACAUUUGAGGCCCACGUGUUUGCGGGCACAGCCCAGAGGGACCCUCCAGUCCCCGUAAAACGACGCAGGAUGUUGGAACCCCAGGUGUACAGAUUGCAGACCAGGCAGCUGCCCAGCCCCUGCCAGCACAACCAGGGAAAGAAGAACACAUCCUUCAGGAUGGAAGAGAAAAGUGAUUUUGGUUAGAAGAAUUCAAAACUAAAAAUAUGUAGCCAGG